AUCGAAAAAACGUCCACUCGCACUAUUCAGUUGAUUAUUUUGUUUCCGUUCACGAAGACGUCCCGGAGCAACACAAGGUGAUAAUCAUAUUAAAUUCCUCUGUUUUAAAUUCAUAAAUUAAUAACCAUGGAUGAUGUUAUAUCACAAUUCAUGGAUAUAACCGGGGUUGAACGAGAAAGAGCCGAAUUCUAUCUCGCCUCGUCAGCUUGGCAGUUAGAGUAGGGUUUUGUUGUGUGGAUUUUCGGUUGAUUUUCUCUAUUUUCGUGGGUCUUCUCCGUUUCAAGUGGUCUGCCAAGCCAUUUUUGCAUUAUAAAAUUGGAAAAUUUCAAUGUUUGUGGUUGCUCUCGGUAAUUUCUACGAGUACGGAGAGUCAGGUGCCCCAGAAGGACCCUCAGAAAUAAUUCCCGUGGACGUGGCAGCUGAGCGAUCCUCUCCGGAAGAAAUAUCCCAACCAGAAGUGACCGAAUCAACGACUAUGGAUCCUUCUCAACAGAAGCCUAAAUCCAAGCCCAAAUCAACGUCGCGCAUUGCUACCUUGAGCUCCCUCCAGAAUCAGGAAAGUAGCUCUGACGAGGAGGGACAGGCGUUCUACGCUGGGGGCUCUGCAACCAGUGGACAGCAAAUCUUGGGACCCAACAAGAAAAAGACGGACAUCAUCAGCGAUAUGUUCAAGACUUGCCAGGACCAAUCGGUGCCUGAGGAGGAGAGGCCCCAGAGCCACUGUUCACAUCAGCAGAGACCCAAUACGUUCAGUGGAACUGGGUAUAAAUUAGGACAGACUAGUAAUGACACUGAAGUAAUUCCUGCAUCACCAUCUAAUCAGUCCAGAAACGCCGGCAUGAUAACUCUGAAACUGUGGCGCGAUGGUUUCACUAUAAAUGAUCAUGAAAUACGAUCAUACACUGACCCCCAGAAUCGCGAAUUUUUGGAUGCAAUUAAGAGGGGUGAAAUACCCCCUGAGAUACGUGAGGAAGUGCAGGGGGUUGAGGUACGAUUAGCUAUGGAGGAUCAUCGUCAUGAGGAAUAUGUCCCACCGAAACCCAAAGUCAAGGCUUUUGCUGGCAAGGGACACAAGUUGGGAAGCCCAUCACCAGCCACCGUAGGGAUGACAGUGCCAGUAGAUCCAGCAGAUCAGGCAGCCAAUGAGUCCCAAGCUCGUAGUCAACUGAAUCUCGACACAAAUAGUCCCACAACAACGAUUCAAAUAAGACUAGCAGAUGGUCAGAACAUUCGUGAGCAAUUUAACUUGACUCACACAGUCGGCGACAUCAGGAGGUACAUUACAACUAUGAGACCGCACUACGCAAUUCAGGAUUUUAGUCUUCUAACUGCUUAUCCAACUAAGGAACUUAUUGAAGAGGACAAGACGAUCGAGGAGGCUGGUCUCAAAAAUUCAGCUCUUAUGCAACGCCUUAAGUAGAAACUGAUCUUUCACAUUUGCUACCUAUCAAAAUAUUCGUAUUGUAAUUAAGCUCACGUUUCCAUCGGUAAAACAAUAAAAAGAUAGAAUUUGGUUAACGACAAAAA